AUGCCUCCUAUUCCCGUCCACACGUCCUCGCCCAUUAACGGCAACGUGCCCUCUUACCCAUCGGGUACCUCGCCCAGUACAGCAGCAGCCAGAUACGCACCAGCCAACGCAGACGCCAGUCCUACGACGACAUCAUCAAGCCCAUACCCACAAGCCCGUCCUGGAGCACCUGCUGUUCCACAGCCGACCAACGCCGCGUCAAGCAUGUACAAUUACAGAUUCCAACCUACUGCCACUACCUCACCACCCACCACCACCAGCGAUUCUUCAGGCAGUCCUCCCCCACCACAGCCAGGAGCAGUCCCUUCACCUUACUACAAUGAAUCCCCAAGAGUCACAAUCCCACAACCCCCUCAGCCUGGCGCCCUCCCGCAGUGGACACCUACUACUACCACGCCUGUCCGUCACAAUCUACCAUCGCCAACUCCUACACGCACCCAGCCUGUCCCGCUCCCUGCUCAUCAGCAGUCUCCUUCGCUCUAUGUUCCGUACGGGACGAUACCACCAGCAAGCGUGACAUCGACCCACCCACAGGAUCUAUCACAUCCGCCAGGCUACAUGCAAGACACACGUGCAACCUUCGAGGAUAAGCCCAUUGAACAAUGCGUGCCUUAUGGACAUAGACCAAGUCUGUCAUCAGCAUCUUCGAGAAAAGGAGGCUUGCUCGACGAAACACCAAUCUUCGGCCGGAUAGGCGACAAUGAGUCAACGGUUGUGGAUACUGCGAUGUCCUGGGUAAAAGCCGCAGGGAAAAGGCUAUCGGUCACAGAGCAGCAGAUCUGGAAGCAGAUCAACGAAAUGGGUAAGUCUUAA